GACUGAAAGUUUUUUUUUUGUUUUAAGAAAUGAACCUGCUCAUUUUUGUUGUUUCUUUUUGCCGUAUAGGUGUCUCCGAAGAUCGGAUGGUGGUGCCAAGUCUGUGCCAGAGGAUGAGUCUAAUACUGAUUCUGUGAUUAUUGCAAAAUCACGUGAAAUAAAGAGGAUGCCUCAUGAAGAUUCUUUAGAAAAUUUACAUGCCGCAUAUGGCAUUGAAAAAACCGAAAAUGGAACCUUGUUUGAAAACCAAAAGAAUGAUAAGGAAGGAAAAGUACUACCAACAACUGGAAAAAAAGCAAAUGUGUCUCCUGAGCAACCACCUUUAUUUAUGCAUACUGUGAAAGACAGAGAUCACAUUUCAACUAGAGUCGUAGGAAAGUUGGAUUCACCAACUUCCAGAGAAGUGUCUUCUCAGAAACAACCAACUUUGAAGGCUGCAACUGACAAGAAAGAUUCUGUUUCGAAUAUAGCCACAGAAAUAAAGGAUGAACAAAAAUCUGGGACAGAUUCUUCUCAGAAACAACAGACUUUGAAGGCUAUAAGUGUCAAGACAGAUUCUGUUUCAAAUAUAACCACAGAAAUAAAGGAUGGAAAAAAACCCAGGACAGUGUCUUCUCAGAAACAAUCUGCCUGGAAGGCUCUGUUUAAAAGGAAAGUUUCUCUUUCAAAUAUAGCCACAGGAACAGCAGAUGGGCAAAAAUCUGGAGCAGAGUCUUCUCAGAAACAACUGGCCUUGAAGACUACAAGUGAGAAGAAAGAUUCUGUUUCGAAUAUAGCCACAGAAACAAAGGAUGUACAAAAAUCUGGGACAGUGUAUGCUCAGAAACAGCUGGCCUUAAAGGCUACAAUUGACAAGAAAGAUUCUGUUUCGAAUAUAGCCACAGAAAUAAAGGAUGGACAAAAAUCUAAGACAGUGUCUUCUCAGAAACAACCGGCCUGGAAGGCUAUAAUUAAAAAGAAAGUUUCUCUUUCAAAUAUUGCCACAGGAAUAACGGUUGUUGAAAAAUCUGGAGCAGAAUAUCCUGAAAAUCUUCCCACCUUGAAGCCCAUUCAGGUUACAAUUGAAAAUAAAGAUUCUGUUCUGAAUAUAGCCACCGAAAUGAAGGAUGUACACACAUCCUUGCCAGCAGAACAAGACUUAGAAAUGGCAUCAGAGGGAGAGCAAAAGAGGUUUGAAGAAUAUGAAAAUAACCAGCCAUGGACAAAAAACCAAAUACAUUUUAGGGAUGAUCUUGAUGACGUAAUUCAGCCAUCUCAAAUAGCCUCAGAGGGUGAUGACUCACUUUCCUCUAAGAAAGUUAUAUUACUCAUUGAUCAACAUGGAAUGCAGUGUAAAGAUUGUGCUCACCUAUUAAAAAUUAAAAAUGCAAUUUAUUUACAUGAAAGAUCAAUAGAAAAUCACUGUGAGCGACUUACAGGAAAAAUUCAAAAAAUGAAAAAUGAGAUUAGUAUACUACAAAAGAGACUAUCUGAAGAAAAAGAAAUAAUAUCACAGUUAGAGCAUGAAAAACCUGAAUGGGAAAAAGCACUCUGCAGUUUGAGAUAUGCCAUACUACAAGAAAAAGAGAAAAGAAGAAAUUCUGAAAAGUUGCAUGAAAAAGUUAGGGAAAAGAUAAUAAUAGAAGAGCAAUAUGCGAUAGACGCCAAAGAGAUAAAACAACUUAAACUGGCCAUCAAAUCACUGGAGGUGGAAUUGGAGACUGUGGAAAAUGAUUCAAAUCAGAUUUCUGAUAGUCAUGGAAAAGAAGAAGACCUGUUGCAUAAAAACCACUUGAUGCAAGAUGAAAUUGCCAGGCUUAGGCUGGAAGUAGACACAAUUAAAAAUCAAAACCUGGAAAAGAAAUACUUAAAAGACAUUGAAAUUAUAAAAGGGAGGAAUGAAGACCUUCAAAAGACUCUAAAAUGGAAUGGGGAAACAUUAACAAAAAUGAUAGCCCGUUCUAGUGGACGGCUUACUGCUCUGACAGAUGAGAACACAAUGCUCCGUUCCAAACUGGAGAAGGAAAAGGAAAGCAACCAAAGACUGGAAACAGAAAUUGAAUCAUACCGUUGUAGACUGAAUGCUGUUCUACGUGAUCAUGAUCAAAAUCAGUCAUCAGAAAGAGACCAAGAGCUUGCUUUCCAGGGCACAGUAGAUAAAUGGUGUCAUUUACAGGAAAAUUUGAAUUCUCAUGUUCUGAUUCUUUCUCAGCAACUUUCUAAAGCUGAGAGUAAGUCCAGUGGCCUCGAAACUGAGCUCUGUUACACAAGAGAGGCUCUGAAAGAAAAGACUUUGGUUUUUGAAUGCAUGCAAAGAGACCUAAACCAAACACAGUGUCAAAUGAAGGACAUUGAAAAAAUGUACAAAAAUGGCCAAGAUAAAGUAGAAAAAUGCAUAGAAAAGCAGGAAAGAUUAUGUCAACUACAUAGACAAAGUAUGUUGCUUCAACAGCAACUGAAUGAUGCUCACAACAAAGCUGACAAUCAAGAAAAAACAUUAAUUAAUAUUCAAGCCAAAUGUGAUGCUAGAGUACAAAAUGUUCAAGCUGAGUACAGAAAGCGCUCUAUUUUGCUAGAAGAAGAGAAUAAGAGGUUGAUCAAUGAAGUUAAUCAUUUGAAAGAAAAACAAUGUCAGUAUGAAAGAGAGAAAGCAGAAAGAGAAGUACUUGUAAGACAACUUCAACAAAAACGGGAUGAUGCCCUACACAAAGAAUCAACAUCAAAAACUUUGGUGGAUGCGUCAUUGCGUCGCUCCAUCCAUUUAGAAAGUGAGCUGGAGGAUUCAAAGAAGAAAGCAGGCCAGAUGAGAAGUCAAUUUCAGGAAAUACAAGAUCAACUUACAGCGACUUUAAGACGUGCUGAGAAGAUGCAAGGCCACAUACAAAAGCUUGAAAUAGAAAAUUCCGUGAUAAGAAAUAUAAUUAAAAACCAAGACGACCAAAUUGAGCAGCUUCAGAAAAUCAUGCAAAAUUCAACUUUGAGGCAACAGGUGUUGCAAGAAAAUGAAACGACAGAAGUAGAUGAAGGAGUCCCCAACCCGCAGGCCACAGAGGGGUCCAAGACCUGUUGAGAGCCACGCUGCACAGCAGGAGGAUUACAUCAAAAACAGUAUUGCUUAAGACGAAUGUUGUGGAGCUUUAACUCUAUGUUUUCUUCUAGUAGUUUUACAGUGCAGGUCUUAUAUUUAAAUCUUUAUUUGGAGUUGAUAUUAAUAUAUGGUGUAAGUUAAAAGUCUAACUUUAUUUUUCCUGUGGAUAUUCAGUUUUCUCAACAUCAUUUGUAGAACAGACUAUCCUUUAACCAUUGUGUGUCCUUGGCACCUUUGUCAAAAAUAAGUUGACUGUGUGUGGGUUUAUUUCUGGGUUUUCCAUUUUGUUUAAUUAGCCAAUUCGGCAAUUAAUAUGCCACUACUAUGCUAUUUGGAUUACAAUUGUUUUACAAUAUGUAAUGAAAUCAGGUAGCAUGCUGUCUCUACCUUUGUUCUUUUUGCUGAAGAUUAUUCUAGCUACUUGAGGCCUUUAUUUGUUCAACACAAAUGUCAGUAUUUUUUUCCAUUUCUUUAAAAGAAUGGCAUUGAAAUUUUGAUAGUGACUGCAUCAAAUAUGUUACUUUUGGUAUUUUGUUCAUUUUCACAAUAUUAAUUCAUCCAACCCACAAGCAUGGGAUGUUUUUUCAUUUACUUGUGUUUUUAAAGGUUUGUUCAUUGGUGUUUUAUAGUUUGUCAUAUACACGACUUUUAAUUUUUUGCUUUAAUUUACACCUAAGUAUUUAAUUUGUGUUGCUAUUGUACUUGGGAUUUUUUUUUAAUUUCUUCAGAUAGUUUGCUAUUUGUAUACAGAAACACUUUUGAUCUUUGUCAGUUUAUUUCUGUAUCCUGCAACCUUAUUGAAUUCAUGCAUCAGUUCUAACAGUUUUUGGUAGCAUAUUUAGGGUUUUCUAUAUUCAGGAUCAUGUUGUGUGCAAUUAGAGAUAAUUUCACUUUUUUUUUUUUUUCUGAGUAGGAUGCUUUUUAUUUUCUUUUUUCUGCCUAAAUGUCUAUCUAGGAAUUACACUGUUAUGAUGAAAAGAAGUGGUGAGAGUGGUCAUCAGCGUCUUGUCCCUGAUCAUGGAGGAAAAGCUUUCAACUUUUCACUGUUGAGAACAAUGUUAGCUAAGCACUUGCCAUAUAUGGUUCUUUUUUUGUGUUGAGAUACAUUUUCUCUAUACUUAAGUUGUUGAUAGUUUUCAUUAUGAAAGUGUUUUAAAUUUUGUCAUGUGCUUUUUCUGCUUGUAUUGAGAGAAUCAUAUCAUUUUUGUCUUUGGCUUUGUUCAUGCAUUUUAUCACAUGUAUUCAUAUGCAUAUGUUGCAACCUCCUUGCAUCCAAAACAUAAAUCCCACUUGAUCAUGUUGAAUGAUUCCAUUAAUAUAUUCUUAAAUUUGGUUUCUAAUGUUUUGUUGAGGAUUUUUGCAUCAGGGUUCAUUAGUGACAUUGGCCUUGUAUUUUCUUCUCUUGUAGUGUCCUUGUCUAUCUUUGGUAUCAGAAUGAUGGUAGCCUAAUGUUGGAAGCAUUCCCCAAUUCACUUUUUUGAAAGAGUUUUAGAGUAAUUAGUAUUAGUUCUUUAAAGGUUUGUCAGAAUUCAGCAAUGAAGGCUUCUGGUCCUAUGCUUUUCUUUCGUGGGAGGCUUUUAAUUUCUGCUUCAAUUUCUGUAUUAUGUAUUAGUCCACUGAGAUUUUCUAUUUCUUCAUGAUUCAGUCUUAGUAAGUUGUAUAUUUGUAGAAAUAUUUUUAUUUCUUCUAUGUUAUCAAAGUUGUUGGCAUAUAAUUGUUCAUUGUAAGAACAAUUAUAAUCCUUUGUAUUUUAGUGUUAAAAGUUGUAAUUUCUCCUAUUUCAUUUCUGGUCUUAUUUUUUGGAAUAGUCUUUUUUCUAGUCAGUCUAGAUAUGGGUUGGCUGAUUUUGUUUAUUGCCUUAAAAAACAAUUCAAUAUUAAUAGUUCUUUCCAUUGAGUUUCUCACAUCUAUUUUAUUUAUUUCCACUUGAAUCCUUGCUAUUUUCUUAUUUCUGCUAAUUCUUAGCUUUGUUUCUCUUCUAGUUCAUUGAGGUGUAAUGUUACAUUUUUAAAUUUGUAGUUCUUUUUUGAUAUAGAAAUAUAAUGACA